AUGAAUUCUAUGCACCGGCAGAUUGGCAAGAUCAGGCACAAAGGUCCUGGUGAUACUGCCAAAGUAUCUGUACUUUUGAGCGAUUACGAAGAUGCGAAUAAGAUGCUCAAUAUGAUAAUUGAAGCUUCGAAAGCAUGGAGAGACGCAUGGGUGUCUAUACUUUCCUCUCAAUUAAAUACAGCUCUAAGUUUCGAGGAGUUAUAUCAGCCCAUUGUAGGCACCAGCGAUGCUCAUCGAGACAAUCCGGCAGUUACCCCUCGCCAACAAAUGGAGCGAACUAUCAAAUUGAAGGAAACAUAUACGGAGCUAAAAACAGAUUUAUUGGAAGAAGUUAUGAUGAUGGAUUCUCGAGUUACAAAACCGGCUACGGAAGCAAAGGAGUUUCUACAACCCAUUCGAAAAACGAUCAAGAAACGAGAAAAUAAAAGAUUAGACUGGGAAAGAUAUAUAGACAAGGUCAAUAAAGGGUCGGCUAAGAUGAAGAGAACUGAUCGAGAAAACGCUGCUUUGGCAAAGGCUGAAGAGGAACAAGGCAGGGCAGCAGAGGCAUUCAAAGAUGCAGACGCUCAUCUCCGAGAAACGUUACCACCUAUAAUCGCUGCAGCUUUUUCGAUCUUACCACAUUUACUCGCCGUACAAAUUAUGAUUCAGAAUACGCUGCUCGCCCAAUACUACACAGCAUUGCACAACUACUGCGAAGAUGUAGGCCUCCCUUCUCCUCCACCCCCAAUGGAAGACGUCAUCGCAGUCUGGAAUCAAGACUAUCACCCCAUAAAACAAGAAGUCGAACUCAUAGAUUGUAUCCGCCGCGGUAGAGCCGUUCACCAACCCAUGAACGUCAGCGACGAAAGUGCAAACCCAAGCUCGAAUUCAAAAUCCAUAACCGGUCUCAAUGUCCGCAAUGGAUUUUCCCGUCGUCCCUCGAACCAAUCUAUGAGCACAAACCGCGACCCCUCUCCAAAUCCAAGCAUCUCAACCACAUAUUCCGACGCGCGAUCUCCUAGGCCCGAUCGUCCACCUCCUAUUCGUUCUGCCUCUCGUCCUCGCAUUCCCUCAACCCAACACACAGUCCCCGUUUUCUCACCCCCUACAACCUCAGACAAUGACUACAAUGAACCCCUUCCAACUCCAACUCCCAGCGACUACUCCAACCAUCUCACCCCUGUCUCUACGCAUUCUUCCUCUUAUGCACCCGCAGGCCCAGCUCUGGAUUAUUUCCAGCGCGGGUCAACCAAUGAAGGCGUAGCAGUCAAUUCCGCAAUCGGAAAAAAGAAACCUCCUCCGCCUCCCCCAAAGAGAUUGGGUUCUUCUCAUGGAGGCGUUUUUGUGGUUGCGCUUUAUGAUUUUGAGGGCCAAGGAGAAGGAGAUUUGAGUUUCAAAGAGGGCGAUAGGAUUAGGGUUACAAAGAAAACGGGAAGUACGGAUGAUUGGUGGGAUGGAGAAAUAAGGGGGGUGAAAGGGAGCUUUCCAGCCAAUUAUUGUAAGAGUGCUUAG